AGCUGCAAACGGAAGUUCCUGGAGUAAGUGUUCGCCCGUCAGCGGGCUGGGGGCCUAGAUUGCGUCAUGUCCGGAAGCGGUUCCCUGCAGUCUUCAGUGCUCCACUUCCAGCCGGAAGAGGUGCGUCCGGGCAUUGCACCAGCGCGCGCUACCCUUCUGCUGCAGCUAACAUUGGCGGGAACCUGAAAGGUUGGCUGGAGCUGUGCAGGCUGUGAGUCGCGAUGGCGUCGCGUCGCGGGGCGCUCAUCGUGCUGGAGGGUGUGGACCGUGCUGGCAAGACCACGCAGUGCCUCAGGCUGGUGACCGCGCUGUGCGCCUCGGGCCACAGAGCGGAGCUGCUGCGUUUCCCUGAAAGAUCAACAGAAAUCGGCAAGCUUCUGAGUUCCUACUUAGAAAAGAAAACCGAGCUGGAGGAUCACUCCGUGCACCUGCUCUUCUCUGCCAACCGCUGGGAACAAGUGCCAUUAAUUAAGGCGAAGUUGAACCAGGGUGUGACCCUUGUUUUGGACAGAUACGCGUUUUCUGGGGUUGCCUUCACUAGCGCCAAGGAGAAUUUUUCCUUGGAUUGGUGCAAACAACCAGAUGUGGGCCUUCCCAAGCCUGACCUGAUCCUGUUCCUGCAGUUACAAUUGCUGGACGCUGCUUCGAGGGGAGAGUUUGGUCUUGAGCGAUAUGAGACUGGGACUUUCCAGGAGCAGGUUCUGCUGUGUUUCCAGCAGCUCAUGAGUGAGAAGAACCUCAACUGGAAGGUGGUUGAUGCUUCCAAAAGCAUUGAGGAUGUCCAUGAAGAAAUCCGUGCGCUCUCAGAGGACGCCAUCCGAAAUGCUGCACAGAGGCCACUGGAGGAGCUAUGGAAAUAAAUCAGAGCUUGCACUGCCAAUGCUAUUCUCUGGCUCUCCCACCUCAGCACUAUCCUCUGGCUCUCUGGGAGAGCGUAGAAGGCUCGCAUCUCAACACUAUUCCGCAGGAGCUAGUUCUUGGCAGAAGGGAUCUGUAAGGUUCUACACACAACUUGUUUGGGUGAUAGUGGACAAGUUGUACAAUAUCUCCCUCUGCCUACUGCUUGCCCGUAAAGGUGCUUGUUAAUGUGCUGCUUCUAUUCUGAACUUUAGUAUUCUCAAGCAGUUCCCUCGAGAUAAGUUAAAAAAAA